AUGAGUUUUGCUCUAGCUCUUCUCCUCAGUUUCAUCCCUGUGGUUCUGGUUCAGAAUAGCAGUAUCCAGAGGAUCCAACAGUGUGGAUCACACUGCACUCAGGGGCUGCGCUGCACAUCAGGACCUCACAUGUCCUUUGGCAAAUGUAGACACAUGCCUGCUCUUAACACCAGCUCUGUUUUCCAUAACGUGACUUUGGCCACCGUGAUGAAAUGUGAUAUUGGGGUUCAGGAUGACUGCUUUUCAGUGAAGGCUGGUCAGGAUGUGUAUGUUACAAUGAAAACUGUCCCCCGGUACUGUGAGGCAGUUUGGUCACAGACAUACACCGUUCAAGAUUGCACUCAUGAAGACUUGAGGCACGCCAUUACAGAAUGCCUCACUGGGAAGUUGGAGUAUGCUGUAGACUUUGUGAGGAAAGAGCUGAGUGUGAGAGUGGUGGAUAUGCCAGGGGGUGCAAACUACCACCUUAGACUCUGCUACAAGGACUCCAUCUGCAGAGGAACAGGGACUCACUCACUGAUCACACAGCAAGACCGUGGUAAAAGUGUCACAUUUCAGUACUCCAGACUACUGCCGUGCUUGUGUAUUGAGGGUUGGCCCGCGUGGGAGGACGCGCGAAGAGCUCAGGUCUGCCCCUUUAAAAACUACACAGAGGAGAUGUGGUCUGGUGUGACCUUUGACCCUCACAAGGAGGCAUUGUCAUGGGAACCAAAGUGUCCUAUGCUUACAGUUGUAACUCUUUGUUACAAAGUUGGAGAUCAUGUCUGUCUGGACUUGGGUAACACAUCAAUCACCUCUGACAGAGAAACAGUAAUAUUUGCUAAAGUGGAUCCACACCCUAAACUAUGUAUGAAGUUCACCACAGAACAUGGUUCAUGGAUAGAUUGUCCCUUCAUUAGUGGAAAUUUCCCAGUAUGGGAGGUGAAAAUGGCAUCCUACGGUGACGAGCAGAAAGCUGAGAUAGUGUCCAGUGUCCGGGCAGACUUUCUCCUCACUCUGUGCCGUAUGACUGAGCCGUCUGAGAAGAUGAGGUCAACAGAAGUGAACUUAUCGGGAAGUGUGUGUGAACCAAAUAUGUGUAUUCAGGUGAGGAGGAUGGAUGUGCAGUUUUCAUUGCCUCAUCUUCAGUGUCAUUUCCAGUGCUGGAUGAAUGAAGAAGUGAGGCUUAAAGAAAUCUUUGUACCUUUCAGAGCUUUCUUGGUAGAUCGUUUCUGUGAUGACAUGAAAGAAACUGGCUUCAGUGGACCCGGAGAAACAGCAGAAAGCCCCGGGGGACCCGUGACCUCAGAUGACUGA